GCAAAGACAGGAAUUCGGUCGACCCGUGCUCAACACAACCCGAAUAUUCCCACACUCAGACGAUGUGCCGCAUCCAAUCAAUACAUGUCGGGUUACGAUGAGAGAGGUUCAUACUAAGUACCACGGGUCAACGAAGGUGUGCGAGUGUCACACCGAACCAGAUGUCUCUUGCGCCAAUAUUUAGGAGGAAAAGAAGCCUCGGAUUUUUGUUGAUCCUCUCAGCUCUCUUCGCCUCGUGGUCAGCUAUAUACCACUGUACGACACCCCAUGUCUCUCACUACACCUCUUCCUUCUUCAAAUGGAGUUCAAGCAGUGUCAUAGUCCCUCAGCAGCCUCCUACCGGCGGCCGUCGACUUCCUAACUUCGCUUUCGCAAUCAAGACCGGGAAGGAGACGAUUGAGGAGCGUCUGUCGAGGCAGUUCGCAACCUUCCUCCCGCUGAUCAACAACUUCAUCUACAUCUCCGACCACAACGAGACCUUUGGCACAGUCCCCGUCUACGACUGCUACAACCCCAUCUACACCGACGCCUGGUCCCGCCUUACCGCUCAGAACCCCCCCGAAACCCUUCGUUUUCCACCGCCUUCCAACCUCGAAGAAGUCCGGAAACAGGAACCGGGUUGGGAGAGGGAUGCACACAAAAAUCUGAUUGGGUUCAAGCAUCUGUAUGAGUCUUUUCCAGACGCAGACUGGUACUUUAUGAUCGACGAUGAUACGUAUGUCUUCACCUCCAAUCUCUACGACAUCACCGCCGAUCUCGAUCCUGAGGCCCUCAUCCACAUGGGCGUAGUCCGUGGUAAGGAACAUUGCGGCUCGAAUGACGACAUGCCUGAACCUCGUCACGGCUUCUAUCAAGGCGGUAGCGGCAUUCUUUUCUCCCGGGGUGCGAUGAAGGCCCUCUAUCCUCACCUCGAUGAGUGUAUCAUGAAAUCCUGGGACUGCGAAGGUGGCGACCGUAGGGUUGGGCUGUGCCAAUACGACGCCGGUAUCCCCGUCCGUCAUUGGUGGCAAAACCCCUUUGCUUUCUACUCACAUGAUUUCCGGGAUUUGAACGCCGAGUGGGGAUGGCCCGGGGACUCAUGUCUACGUCCCAUCACCGGCCAUCGCAUGCGCAAAACCGACUUCCAAGACGCGUUCCAAGCUGAGCAAGAGGCUCCAUCUGGCAGAGUCACCUUCGCUGACCUCUACGCGGCGCAACGCGGUGGGUACGUGGACGAUAUCGCUCCGGACAGGAACUACCCAGGCUGGACUGACUUCGGAGGGGAGCCCCUCACCUCCGCCCUCGCCUGCCACGAGCUCUGUCAAUCAACUCCCCAAUGCCUUGCGUGGACCUGGGGGGAGGUGGAACAGUUUUGUUGGCUCAAAAAUGACGCAGGUGGGAAGGAGGAGAGGAAGGGGUAUGUCUCGGGGAUGUUGGGGGAAGGCUAUAGGUGCGGAGUUAGGGGUGGAGUGGAUUUGAGGAGGCUUGCGGGGAGUGCGAAGUUCAAUCGGACGGCGUUCUUGAGUGGGGAUGAGGAUCCGAUGAUUCAUAUUUAGGAAGAGGAUAGAGGAUACGGGUGUGGCUUUUAGGACGUUUCGUGGACAUAGUGAAUGAUAUGGAU